UCAUAUAGUCAGUGUAGCCAUCACCAGAAGCUGCUGCUCGGGUUACAUAAGACGCAGGAGAGGGAGAAAGAAGCUCUGGGCACAGCUGCCCCAUCCUAUCUCUUUAAAUGACACGGAGCCGUGCCGCUCUGCGCGUGUGUGUGCAUGUGCACGCGUGCGUGUGUUUGGGGGGGAAAUUACGCGAGCGCUCUUGUGUUGUGCCGGAGGACCAUCGAAAACACCACAGAAGCGCCCCUUCGCUCACCUUUUAUAGCGUAGAGGAAGAGGCCGUUUGUCGCUUCGCCACCUGCGUGUGAAUGCUUCUCACUUUUGGACCCGGCCGAUCCUACUCCGUGGUGUCUAUGGGCUCCGUGGGUGCAUCGCUGGCCUCGCGAUAGGAAAUAGCGGGCAGGGCGGCCUCCCAAUCCCGAUUAUUUCUUUCGCCCGAUUGCCAGGAGAAACGUGAUCGAGAGGCAGCGUUAAAAUCAUGGAUUAAACAACGAGUGAAUAUCCAUCCGAGAGGUUCCCAAUGUUGAACAUGUCCACACCCAGUGAGCUGAAGACUCCCUGCGUGACUCGCAACGGGAUGGUGAAACUGCCCCCCAGCCAGCCCAACGGUCUGGGCAGUGCCAGCAUCACCAAGGGUACCCCUGCUGCCAAGAACCGCCUGUGCCAAUCCUCUUCAGUUCCUUCCAUUCUGCCUCCUCCACCAUCCUCCCUUCCCUACCACCACCACCACCACCUAGACAACACGGUCAUGCCGCAUUCGGCGGCCACCAUCCUAGGUUGUGACUUAGAACCUGGAAAGCAGCUCGUUGGCCUGAAGCAGUCCCUACGCCUACCCCCGCUCACUCUACCCAAACCCAUUCUACUGGAACGCCAGCUUGUUUUGGAUGAGAAGCUGCUUAACCGACUGCUCUGGUACUUCACCACAGCGGAAAAAUGCAUGUUGGCACAGGUAUGCAAGACAUGGCGUAAGGUGCUGUAUCAACCCAAGUUCUGGGAGGGUGUGACACCCAUACUGCACGCCAAGGAGCUUUAUAACCUCUUACCCAACGGAGACAAGGAGUUUGUCAGUCUUCAGGCCUUUGCUCUUCGCGGCUUCCAGUCUUUUUGCUUAGUUGGCGUGUCAGACCUGGACAUUUGUGAGUUCAUUGAUAACUACCCCCUCUCCAAGAAAGGUGUACGUUCAGUCAGUCUCAAGAGGUCCACCAUCACGGAUGCUGGAUUAGAGGUCAUGUUGGAACAGAUGCAGGGUCUGAUGCAUCUGGAACUGUCAGGGUGCAACGACUUCACAGAGGCCGGCUUGUGGUCCAGUCUCAACGCUCGCUUAACGUCACUCAGUGUCAGCGACUGUAUCAACGUGGCGGAUGAUGCCAUCGCUGCCAUCUCACAGCUUCUGCCCAACCUUUCGGAGCUGAGCCUGCAGGCCUAUCAUGUGACUGACACGGCCAUGGCCUACUUCACAGCCAAACAGGGCUAUACCACUCACACCCUUCGACUUCACUCGUGCUGGGAGAUCACAAAUCACGGCGUUGUAAAUAUGGUGCACAGCCUUCCCAACUUGACGGCACUCAGCCUGUCUGGCUGCUCUAAAAUCACCGACGACGGUGUGGAGCUGGUGGCGGAGAACUUGCGGAAGCUGCGCAGUUUGGACUUGUCGUGGUGCCCACGAAUCACUGACAUGGCCCUGGAGUACAUCGCUUGUGACCUUCAUAAAUUGGAGGAACUAGUCCUUGACAGGUGUGUACGGAUCACAGACACAGGCUUGGGCUAUUUGUCCACAAUGUCAUCAUUGCGGAGCCUUUAUUUGCGCUGGUGUUGUCAGGUGCAGGAUUUUGGACUGCAGCAUUUGUUUGGAAUGAGGAGCCUUCGUCUGUUGUCUUUGGCAGGUUGCCCCCUGCUGACCACUACAGGUCUGUCAGGUCUCAUUCAGCUGCAAGAUUUGGAGGAACUGGAGCUGACCAACUGCCCAGGAGCUACUGCCGAGCUCUUCAAAUACUAUUCGCAACACCUGCCGCGCUGCAUGGUCAUCGAAUAAGACCACCGCCCCGCCCAUGGCAACCGACCGCAAUACUUCGACCUUCCUCCUCUUUACUUUUCUUUACUCUUGUCGGACGCCAGCCGGGAUACAGAGCACCAUUCCUCAUUUCCCGGCCCUUCAUCGCCCUGUCCGUCUUCCUCCACGCUCUAUUGAGUAGGCUGACCAGCAGAAAGGAAGACAACGGGUGCUACGUGACUGGAUGGUGUUCACCGAUACUGCAGCGAAAGGCCUGGUAUGACGUCUUGUCUGGCCACACAUUUCUUUUAGGAAGGGCGCAGGAGUAACAGACAAACUGGGCGUGCAGAUUCAGCUGCAACAAAGUUGGUAUUAGAAAAACACAAAUAAUGACUAAACUGUGUUCCUGUUUUGGUGGAACUCACACAUGUGCUUAUACACUUUAACCACACUCACACAUGGUGUAUGUGGUUGGUGAACCUGACCACAAGUACUAACAGUUCUUUUUCAUCACUCUAUGUCAGGGGUGUCCAAACUACAGCCCGCAGGUCAAUUGCGACUCGCUGCCCUGUUUUUAUUGGCCUGCAGCAAAUGAUGAAAAUAUCAAUGACAAGGCUGGCAUUGAGUGAUAUAGUUUCGCUGCCAUUGACAGUGAUAAACGUCCAAUCCAAUUUGACUGGGGGGCUGGCAGCGAUAUACUGCUGCAGUCAAAAUGGAUUGGACAUCUACCGCCAUCUACCGCCAUCAAUAGCAUCCAACGAGUUAAUACUUAAUAAUGAAUAUAAAUCAAUACAUUUUUAAAACCACAAUCUUUCCUUCAAUUUUUCUAAACGCGGCCCACGGAGAUAAAGUUUGGACACCCCUGCUCUAUGUAAUAUACCCGCCUGUUUUCUCCUCCAGGCUUUAGUGUUCUUUCAUUCUGACACAAACCUGCCGGUAAUGAAAUCCGACAAUCUCUCGGAUGGAACUUCUUUUUCUUGUACAUGAGAUGUGUAUGUCAUGAACUCACGGGUCUUUUGGGGGGGAGCCCACUACCUUUAUUUUUUUUUUCCAUUUCUGUAUUUUAUCAGAAGUAAAAAAAAAAUUUAAAAAACUAAACAAAAAAAACAUGACAAGACAUUUGCAAAACAACUGUUUACAUUGUUUGACCUUUUUUUUGGACUUGCUUAACUGACUUAUCGCUUCACAUUUCUUCACUUUUUCUUUUUUUUUUUUUUUUUUUUUUUUUUUUUUUUUUUGCAAGACGGUGAAAUUCUAGCUAUAAGAUGCUGUUGUACUCUAUAGCUUUUGUGUCUUUUAGUCAGUGAGGCAGUCGCAGAGUGUGAAGAAAGAAUUUUUUUUUUUUGCCAGAGGAAAUUUUACCGGAGGUUAAGUGCUUUUUGCCUUGAAAGGUUUCGUGCUUGCAACUUGCAAGGUUGCCUUGAAUUGUUUUGAAGUAUUUCCAGAGUGAAGGGAUGUUGUAUUUUGGAACGUCGCUUAUAAUCUGGUUGGAAACGCAUUGAUGGUUAGGUGUUUCAAUUUGCAAUUGUGUGUUUUUAACUGUGAAGGUGAACAUAAAUUGUGGACCCCAACGAUCAGACUACUUUAUGAUAAAUUAGGGGAGUUCAGUAUUUAUUAACUUUGCCUUGGAAGUUUUUUGUUUUUUUUUUCUUCUUUUUUUUUUUGGGGUGCUGUUAAGCUCACUCACAAAUUGCCCAGAUUUGAAGAUGACAUGUUUUAACACUUUUACAGUUUUUCUCAAUUGCUUUGGUACGUUUCUCACAACUGAACGUAUCAAAACUACUUGUGCAAUCCUCACAACAUGUCGUACAAGUAGCAAAACAACAUGGAUUACCUGCAAAAGCCAGUUUUUUGUUCAAAAUACUUAGUCUAUCGCUCAAAAUUACCUUUCUGUGUCUAUGAACAUGCUGUCAGAAUGACAAGUCCUUGUUUCAUUGUGUACAGACAAGAGAGUCAAAUUGCUUAGUCAUACUCUCAAUUGCGUACCGCACGCGACACGUCACUUCCGCUCAUUAAUAUUCAUGACGUUAGCAACUGUUGCUAAGGGGGGAUACGCUUCGUUUGUCCUUAAUUGUAAAUGAAUGGAAAUAGUGUAUGAAGGAGAUGUUUACAGAGCUAAACCUACCAAUUCUGUCCGAAAAUGAUGUCCCUGGUGCCAAAUUAACUUGUAAAGAUGUGGAAGAACAUACAAAUGUUCAGUUAAAGAGAUGGCUUGAGUGUAGAGGGCUGAAAAAGAGACGAGCUGAUCCACACCUUUUUCCUUACGCCACUGACAAUGACGUUGUCCUGUUUCAACAAUCUAUCCUUUACCCCCAUAUGCCCUGUCUUUCUUAUAUAUUACAUCCUCUGGUUGUCUUACGUCUCUGACCGUUCUUGGAGGUAAUUUAUAUUGUUAGUUUUGUGUAGCGAUCGCAAAUGCUAGUCAGUGACAGCGAACAAACAAUUUUAAUUUUUUAUUUUAAUUUAUUUCUAUUAAUGUAUCUACACUUCCCCUUUACUAAAGUUGUUUCUUCACAACAGAAAAGGUAACAACGGUGGCAGUCAGCUACCACUUAAAUUUUUUCCAGGUCAUUCAAUUCUCAGACAGAAGCAGCACGGCAAAACGCCACGCUAAAAAAUAAGUAAAAAUAUUAGGGCUGUCAAAAUUAUCCCGUUAACGGGCGGUAAUUAUUUUUUUAAAUUAAUCUUGUUAAAAUAUUUGACGCAUUUAACGCACAUGCCCGCUCAAACAGGUUAAAAUGACAGCACAGUGUCAUUUCCACUUGUUACUUUUUUGGUGUUUUGUCGCCCUCUGCUGGCGCUUGGGUGCGACUGAUUUUAUGGGUUUCAGCACCAUGAGCAUUGUGUAAUUAUUGACAUCAACAAUGGCGAGCUACUAGUUUAUUUUUUGAUUGAAAGUUUUACAAAUUUUAUUAAAACGAAAACAUUAAGAGGGGUUUUAAUAUAAAAUUUCUAUAACUUGUACUAACAUUUAUCUUUUUAAGAACUACAAGUCUUUCUAUCCAUGGAUCGCUUUAACACUUUAACAUCUUGUUGAUUUAUUGUUAUAAUUAACAAAUACAGUGCUUAUGUACAGUAUGUUGAAUGUACAGUAUAUAUCCGUCUUGUGUCUUAUCUUUCCAUUCCAACAAUAAUUUACUGAAAAAUAUGGCAUAUUUUUAAUUGCGAUUAAUUACGAUUAAUUAAUUUUUAAGCUGUGAUUAACUCGAUUAAAAAUUCUAAUCGUUUGACAGCCCUAAAAAAUAUCAAAAUGGUUUACCACUUCGGGGGACGCUGUGACAAGCAAUGGGUCGAGAUUGUCAUUUGUAGGACCAUGAUCCCCAACAAAAUUUUUACUGCAUAUGAAGGUGAAUGACUUCACCUUGCUGAUGUUAAACUGGUCUUUCAGACGUCCGCACAAGCUGAUCCAUUGCUCACAUUUUUUCGUUUGAGUCUUUGGUUUCGGGAAAUGCAUGAAGAAAACAUCUUUCAUAUGUGGACGGUCGUAAUGUCUAGAGUCGUUUCUACAAGUUCCGUAGCAGCAGUGUUUGAUCGACAUGUUCGUUGUUGAAAGAUUACGGGAGAAAACUAGGAGAAAUAUAAUAGUUUGUAUGCGAGGGUGUGUCUAUAAUGUCUCACUUCCGCUUUACGAUGCGACGUCACGGUCUAAAAAUAGCAUUCGUGCGUUACGCUAUUGAACAGUUACUCUGGUGGAAGACUCUGAUGCUGAAGUUGGUGUACGUAGGUUUUGAUGACAAUUGCAAAUUACACAUUUGUGAUUGAUUGCAUGAGACUGGACAAGAUUCAGUUUAUACUUUUACUGUUCUUACAAAUUCUUGACAGUCACAGCGAUACAGAAGGCAAAAGACAGCUCUGAGUAUCACAAAGAAAAAAACAAAAGCAAAAUUAGAAAAGUGAACGUAAGACAUGUGCACAACUAAACAUAGAUUUUUUUUUUCCCCCAUCAUUCUUUCUGUACAUUUUGACAUUCCUCCCUGUUGAACCACGAAUUUUUAUCCACGUCACAGUGGUUGUCUUUUUUUGCUAUACAGCAUGGAAAGAAUCUUCUUGAAUGCCUUAUCCAGCCUGUGCAGGCAUCAGCUGUGAUGUCAUUGCAUGCUCCAUUCAUGGCAUCCAGAAGAGUCAUCUGAAUUGUCUGGCUGGCAAUCAUACACUUGCCAUCUCCAUGUGAAGAAAAACUCUUCUAUGAGAUUGAGGAAUGGGGAGUAUGGUGGGAAGAACUCCAUCACCAUUCUGUUGUUGGUUGCAAACCAUUCCCUGAUUAUGUUGGGGUGGUAGAAACCCACAUUGUCCCAAACUAUCACAAAUUUUGGCAGGUUAAAAUAAGUUACGUAAAAUAAGUCACAAAAAUGCUUACAAAUAAGCACACACAUGUUGACAUAUUCUAACAGCAUGUUCAUGUAUUUUGCAUGUAAAGACUUAAUCAAUGAAGUAAUGACUAAAUGUUGUGGGUGGUGAGACUAUUCAAUAGAGACUCAUGAUCCACCAUUUUGACCAUCAUGACAGAUGCAACUGAUAAUGUAGGAAACAGCAGAGAAUUGCAUAAAUCAUUUGCAUGGAUGCACAAAAACAUUUGCAACUUGCUCAAAGAAAUGAGAAACUGCCUUUUUAUGUGCACUAGUGAUACAAUGUUGCGAGGGUUGAACAAGUAGUUUUUAGAAUUUCAAUUCUGAUCUGAGAAACGUAUCAAAGCAAUUGAAAAAAACUAUAAUUGAAUCCUUUCAUCAAUUUUUUAAUGUCUUUAUUAUUGUUAUAUAGGACCUUGGUGGCCCACCAACAAUAUUUUACAACCAACUGUAGUAUUACUUACUGUUGCCCAUAGGAAUUUUGCAAUGGGCAAUCAAAGGGAAAAAAAUCCAUUAUAUAAAUAUUUAUUUUAAAAAUGCACAUUUUAAAAAGUCAAUGUGUAAUUUAAAAAAAUCUAAAUAAUUUUAGAUGAAAUACACUUAAUUUAAAAACAUUGAAACAUCAAAAUAAUUUAUUGGAAAACAUUUUUUAGACAUCAAUUCGAAAAUCUCUUGUGAAUUCACAUAGCUUCUCUCUUUGGCUGCCAUUGACAGUGUUUGAUCAAACGACGUCUAUCGCCGUCAAUAGCAGUGAAACGUGAUCACUAGGGUUGGGCAUUGUUUGAAAUUUAGCGAUUAUGGUUUCAAUUCAGACUUCACGUUUCGAUUCCGGUUCCAAACGAUUCUCGAUUCCGAUUCUUUGAAGAGGCAGGGUCAAAAAAAAAAAAAUGCAGGGUCAAAAUAAAUUGUAUAGUUUAUAUUAAAGUCUUAACUUCUCUAUGAUUUUUUUUUAAUUAAAUGAACUUCUUACAGGGCUAAUUUUAACUUGUAUAUAAAUAUCAGUCUUUGAACUCGAGCAAUUUUUUUCUGCUCAGCAGUCAAGGCAUCGAAACAAGGAAUCGAAAUUUAAAAAUUCGAACGAUUCCGGGAGCCUCUUAGUGUUAGAACCGGUUACCAUCGAUGCUCGAUUCUCAAUGCCCAACCCUAAUGAUCACUCAAUGCCAGCCUUUCCAAAGUGUUAAAAUGGAUUUGAUGUCUAACACUAUCAUUGGCAGUGACUGAAUGAAGGGCUACAAGCAACAAAAAAGCCAAUUCUACAGUUUCCUACAUCGAUUUCAGCAUGUCAGGUUUAGACCCCUGAGUUAAUGUACAAGUACUGUUUCAAUGACUAGCUCCAUCUACUAGUGUUAAAACUGAGAAGUGCAAUCGAAUGUAGCCUGAACUUGAGCGUCUUGUGCGUAAUAUUGGUAAAUGGAGUUACACUUUUAUAGCGCCUUUCCACCUCUAUGGCACUCAAAGCGCUUUGACACUAUAUCCUCAUCUACCUACUAGUGAAGCAGCACUAGGAUUAACGUGGGGUUCAGUAUUUUGCUCAAGGGUACUUAGGCUUUGUUCAGACUGGCAGCCAAAAUCUGAUUUUUUUAGCCCAUCUGGAUUGAAACGGAAUGGCUUUUUUUUGUAGUCUGAACAGUCACAAAGCACAGAAAUCAGAUUUUUGCGAGACAGAUUAAAACCCCAUACAGGAGGUAGUUUCAUAUCAAAUAUGGAAAAAAGGGACUCUAUACUGGAUGGCGCCUUCGUUGCCAGAGAAACCUGUCAGGUGUGUCAAUAAUGUGGACUAGUCUGAACAGGCCAAAACCUGAUUUGAACACUUGCUAAAAGUAGUGUGAAAAGUCAGCCCUAAAAAUCCGAUUUGAGGAGUAAUCCCAUUGGAAUCAGAUAUAGUGAGGAACAUAAGUAUUUGAACAGCCUGCAAUUUUGCAAGUUCUCCCACUUAGAAACAAUGGGCGGGUUUGAAAUUUUGAUGGUAGGUGCUUGUCCACUGUGAGAGACAAUCCACAAAAAAAAUCCAGAAAUCACAGUGUAUCAAAUUUUUACCAAUUAAUUUGUAUUAUACUGCUG